CCGCCCCGUGGGUCCCACUCUAACAAGGCGGCCUGGGGGGCGGGACUUUCUCAGGAAACCGUCGCUCGGUUUCUGGUCGGCUGGACGCAAAGCGGUCGGGGGCGCCUUUGUGUGACGUGGCGGGCGAGGCGGCCGCAGACCCGGGCUCGGGCAACCAUGACAGUUUCCUCUCUCGUCCAGCUUCGUUUGGUUUGGUGCUGUUGGACCCUACCAAGAUGGCAGAUGAACGGCCAUAAGAGACCCUUGGCAGUGUGGACCAGUGCUACUGCUCAGUGGACACUUAAGCAGAAAAAACUAGCAGAGCUAUACAGGAUACCAAUGUCCAGGCCAUCCAUCUUAUCAGGCACCAGUCUGCUGGGCAAGCGAGCUCUCUCUACAACUUCCAGCAGCCCCAAGGAAGUGAUGCUGACUAGUGAGCAGUAUGGUGUGAAGAGGCUGCCUUUCUCUCAUGUUUCUGAUAGUGAUAUAGCCUUUUUUGAGCACCUUAUACCUGGCAGAGUCAUCACUGACCCAGAUGAAUUGAGACUGUUUAAUGUGGACUGGCUGCAGUCAGUCCGAGGCUGCAGUAAGAUGUUACUGAGGCCACGGACAGCAGCAGAGAUAUCUGAGAUUCUCAGGUAUUGUAACAAAAGGAAGCUGGCAGUAAACCCCCAGGGAGGUAACACUGGCCUUGUAGGGGGAAGCGUUCCUGUCUUUGAUGAGAUUAUCAUCUCCACAGCUCUGAUGAACCAGGUCAUCAGCUUCAACAGUGUGUCUGGAAUCCUUGUUUGCCAGGCUGGCUGUAUUUUAGAGAACCUGAACCAGUAUCUUGAGGAGCUGGACUUCAUCAUGCCACUUGACCUUGGAGCCAAGGGCAGCUGCCACAUUGGUGGUAAUGUGGCAACAAAUGCAGGAGGCCUGAGGCUGUUGAGGUACGGCUCUCUCCGAGGGACAGUUCUGGGACUGGAAGUGGUCCUGGCUGAUGGCUCCAUUCUGAACUGCUUGGCUUCUCUGCGGAAGGAUAAUACUGGCUAUGAUCUGAAGCAGCUUUUCAUUGGGUCAGAGGGGACUUUGGGGAUCAUUACUGCUGUCUCUAUCCUCUGUCCACGGAAACCCAAGUCUGUGAAUCUGGUCUUCUUAGGUUGUCAGAGUUUCUCUCAGGUUCUUGGAACUUUCACUACCUGCAAAGGCAUGCUGGGAGAGAUCCUGUCUGCAUACGAAUUCAUGGAUGACAAGUGCAUGAAAUUGGUUGAGAACCACCUCAAAUUGUCCAACCCAGUGACAGGAAACCCCUUUUAUAUUUUAAUUGAAACAUCAGGCUCCAAUUCUGUACAUGAUGAAGAAAAGCUGAACAACUUCUUGGAACAUGUCAUGGCCUCUGGUUUGGUGACUGAUGGGACUGUGGCCACAGAGGAUAAGAAAAUAAAGAUGUUGUGGUCUCUGAGGGAGCGGAUCACAGAGGCCCUAACUCAUGAUGGCUGUGUUUACAAAUAUGACCUCUCACUCCCUGUGGAGAGACUAUAUGACCUUGUGAUUGAUACCAGGGCUCGACUGGGCAAGACUGCCAAGAAUGUGGUUGGCUAUGGCCAUCUAGGAGAUGGAAACCUGCACUUGAACAUCACAGCUGAGUCCUACAGCCAUUCCCUGCUGGAUGCCAUUGAGCCAUUUGUGUAUGAGUGGACUGCACAGUAUAAUGGCAGUAUCAGUGCAGAGCAUGGAUUGGGCUUCAAGAAGAAGCAUUACAUUCAAUACAGUAAGCCAAAGGAGGCAGUCCUUCUGAUGCAGCAGGUCAAGGCCAUGUUGGACCCCAAAGGGAUUCUGAACCCUUACAAGACACUGCCAGCUAGUUCCUGAGAGCUUCGUGCUGCUGAGAAAUAGGUGUAUAUCCUGUUGUAUCGACUGUAUCUCUAGCUCAUAACUGCACUUUAGACUCUGAGAGACUGAACAAUGUUCAAAGCUGCCUUGCUCACUUUAUGAUUGUACUGAAAUGGUAAAGGACUGCAAUUCCUCCUCCCAGUAUUAUCCAUCAUUGGACGAGCUCUGACCGUCCAGAAAGCAGAGAUCAGUAGCGGCCAAAGCCACACAGGCUUCCUCAUGGCUCUGAAAGUUCAAACUGAGUAUACAUAUAUAAGGGGCCUACCUGCCAGUCCCUCCCAUGCUACAGUGCUUAGAACUAUCUCCCAUCCCAGUCCAGCUGGUGGAACCCUUGAAAAGCCUUAACUCUAUAAUGCUCUGUUGAUGGCUUUUCCUCUCUACUUUAGAUUGCGUCUGUUAUUUCAUUUAUAGUCCAUGCUUGUGGAUGUUAGAGCUACAUGCAGCAAGAAGAAAGUGUACACAGCAUCUAGAUUUGGGAGACCAUCUGCUCUUUCUAUCACUUUCUGCCAAUGGGGCAGUUUAAAAUCUCUGUUCUUCUUACUCUAUAUAGCAAGAUAAUUUAUAGCCUGUUUUCAAACACAAGCCUACAACUUUGCAUAUGCAAAUUGUUACACCUGCGGCUUAGUCCUCUUCGAUCUAGGUAUGUGAUUUGUGGGUGCAGUCAGCUAUGAAAAUGGAAGAUUAAAUUCUCGUGGAUCUCAGGGAUGUAGAUGGCAGGAUUAUGGCAGUGAUGUUCCUGAUCCUGGAAUUAUAGGUAUUUUCCCCUCACUUGCUCAUAGUUGUAUGUAUGUGGGGUAAUUUUGGCACAGUUGUUAAAUUCAUGGCAGUGGUAAUAAUUUGCUAAGCUCCACUAGGUGUCCAACAGGCAGUGGGCAUCAUGAUCAUAUCUUUGUCCCUAUAUCUCCCAACUGAGAUCCACUAUGUUUAGAGUGUCUUUAUAGCAUUUGUCUCACUAGCACCAAGCCAGAGUUAACAAUUUGUGCUGACACUUGGAUACUACAGUUAUAGGCAUGCUAGAAAUACUGUAGUUGGUACCCAGAGUAGGGUUUCCAGUAAUGUCAACCCCUCAGUAAUCUUUCCUUUCGCACAGAUAAUACAAACGUGAGAUCAGAGGUAUAAACAGCAUCCCAUCAACAACACCCUGAGCCAAAGGCAGCUUUGGGCUAAACCGGCGGAAGGGCUGGAGAUGCCAUGAAAGCGCUGCCUUUACCAGGACAUAAUUUUGCCCCUUCCAUUCGCAGUACCCUUGCUUGGUUUAAAAGAGAAUGUAAUCAUCCUGUGCACAGAUCUUGUAAAGUCAUAGAAGUAGACUGCAGUCUUGUAUUAGAUUUUGGCUAAACUGGUGAUUAUGUAUUUCUGGUGAUUUCUAGACAGUAUUUGGUCCUGCCAUGAGGACAGGGGACUGGACUCGAUGACCUCUCGAGGUCCCUUCCAGUCCUAGAGCCUAUGAGUCUAUGUAUCAAACUAGGCUGUUUUGAUGGGAAAGAUUGUAUUGUGGCACCACGGAAUAGAAGAGGCCAGUUUAUAAAGACAGCGUCUGGUUAUGCUUGCAUUUUGGUAAUCCGCAAGGAAGAGAAAGGAGAAAAUAUACAUGUUAAGGAGGGUACAUACAUUAAUUUUCAAAAUAUUCUUUGUGGAUUGGGGGUAUUAGCCACUUGACAGACAUCUCUGCUUCCUUCCCCUGUGUUGCACAGCAGAGAGAGAAAUGUAGGUGCAUUGAUUGUACAGAAAGAGGAGUUAAGAAGCUGGGCAGCAGGAAAGGUGACUACAUAUCGGUAGCAUGAUUCCGUACUUCUUAGUCACUGGCAGCUCCUCAGCACCAAAAAUAUGCAAGUAAAACCCCAUUUGAAAUGGGGGGCUUGGCCUGCUGAAGGGCAGUGGAAUUGAGGAACAGAUUGUCUGUAUGUCCUAAGCCCAUAAGAUCCUAGUGUAACAACCAUGAACUCCUCCUCCCUCUGGCUACAAUACACCAAUAGGCAGAGCGCAACCAACGGCAGUGUUACAUGGGAAGUAGUCAUGCUGGCCAGAAGCCUGAGAGAAGUGCAGAAGGGCAUGUGUAUACCAGGCCAGGUUUGUGGGAUUUCACUGUUCUAACUGAAAACAAGUCUGAAAUGAACCUUUUCUGUCUCAGGACAAACAUUUACAUUUAAUGAGAAUCAUACAUGCAAUGGAAAAUGUUAUCUGGCAGGGACUUGGGGUUUGACUACUUAAAACUUGAUCAGAAUUUAAAAAAAAAUGACACUAUUUUAAUUCACAAAAUCUUGUAUAAUGUUUUGCCAGUAUUAUACCCUAGUCUAAAUGGAGACCUCAGUCUUUCUUAGGAGAACAGCUGGAGAACCUUGGUGUUAUUUUCAGUGAUCUUCUAAUGAAUAUAUGUUUUUUAUGACUGUAUAAGAAACUUGAUAAAAUAUAAGAGUUAUUAAAAACAAGUCAGUGUUUAUUUUUAUUAUAAUUGCACCAGUCAGGUUUCAUUUCUUGUAUCCUUAGUGUAAGCAGGAGCUCCUCUUAUGCUCUGACCAAAACCUAUACAACCUAGUAUGAUACAGCCUCUUUGCACUACUCAGUGGCACGGAGGCUGUAACUCAAACAGAUCUGGUCCUGCAGGAAUUCCUCUGGCUGAGUGAGUUUCCCCGCACCAGGGGAUAUAUUGUGGGCAUGGCCUGAGUAAUGCUGUGUUCUGACUAUUUCCAAUUGCUUCAAUGGCUCUUUGGGGGCAGGAGAAUGAAGUUUAGAGGAGCCAGGAGCUGGGACGCACAAAGGUAGCAUACAGCCUUCUUUGUCCCCAUUUGUAUGAGUCCUGCAUCAACACAGCUUGGCCACUCCCACAAUCUGAGCAACUGUAUUUAGUCCAAACAUAUAUUCCUUCCUGGGAAUUGGCUUUAUUGGUAACAUGAAUCUACGUUUUCUUCCCAAGUUUGACUGUUCCUGGGGUUUCUGUGCACACACUUCUCUGUUCUAGACCCCAGUUCUCACUUCUAAAAAGAGCAACUUCCACCUCCCUCGUAACCAGAGUGGAAUUAGCGAGCCAUACCUGCCAGUGAGAUUCCAUCCCCUUAUCCAUUCUCUCAGGGCAGGGAAGCAGUCAGGCUGUCCAUAGCUUGGAAACCAAACUUGGUGAAACAAAUCCUCUGCAUGAGUUCUUCAUGAGGGCUAAGUGUUGAUCCAUUUUGCACAGCAAGGUCUUUGACUUGAAAGUGAAUGAGAAAUGGUUGGACCAGUCUUGGAAAAUGAGCAGUUACUCUGAGUCACAUACCUCAGAAAUGGCUUGGCUGGAAAACUUCCAACUUAGAUAGAAUUCCACAGGAGCUUCAGACAGGGCAGGAGAGACAUCAGGUGGAAAGAAUUUAUCAGGAUAACUAGUAUGUCUCAGUUCAGGCUUAGAAUGGAAAUAAAUGCUUUCAGAUUUUGCCAUAAAGUCACUAUUAUGACUCCAUAAUAAUCAAUGUUUCCUAAAAAGAUAGAAAAAUUGAAAACAAUUUCAGUACUUAUUGAAUGGGAAGAGAUUGGCACUAAACAAUUGUAAGUCCAUGGUAAGUAUAAAAUGCUACAUUUCCAUUUAAUUAAGUUUCAUGUUUUACACUGGAGAAGAGGAAUCACAGAAAUAGAUAAUUCUAGGGAAUGUUAGUUAUGCAUUCAAUAGCACUUUGUGUGUAGACUGUGUGAUGUUGCAGUCUAUAUGAUUUUAUAAAAAUUUGAUAAUGAGUGAAUAUAAUGUAA